CAAAAUUUGACCCACAAAUUUCCCCUUACCGCUGAGUUUAGUAGAGUUGUAGACUGCGCUCGAUUAGCGACCAAAUAGGAAGAAGCUUCUCCGUUCGUGGCGCCUCAUCUGCGAGCAAUGGUACUCACCAACUUCAAUGGAGCUGGCGUUGGAUUUGGUUUUGGUAUCGGUUGUGGGUUCGGCGUAGGAUGGGGUUUCGGAGGAAUGCCUUUGAACUUCUUCGGCCUUGGUGCGGGUGGUGGGUGUGGUGUUGGAUUGGGACUUGGAUGGGGAUUUGGCACGGCUUACGGGAGUAAGUAUCGGUCCUCGAGGAUGAUAUUUCAGGGAAUGGAAUUUGACAAGGACCAAAGUCAGAAUUAUGAUAUCAAGGACCCAAAAGAUUUAUCCACAAAUUCCAAAAAAGUCUGAGCUUAAUCUCUCCCUUAUUAUUGCCUAGUUUAAACCUUCAACACUUUUUAAGUUCUUUUAAAUCUUUUGAACUCUUUUUGGAUGGAAUUGAGAUAACAUCUAAUCUUAGACUUAACUCACUA